GUCCGUGCCACCCCAGGGUGGGAAUGCUAAGACAGACAGUCAGUUUAUUUUUGGGUCAGUGACAGUGUGUCAAUGGCCGCAGAUGCGUCGCAAAGGACGGCUCUGAGAUACCAGCAGACCCUGCUAUAUGGAGAGUACAGGGAACACCCUGGUGGGUCUCAGCGGAGAGAGGCCACCCGCCUGCUAACAGAGAGACAGCGGAAAAAACAUCACCACCACAGGCACCACCAUCACAGUCACCAUGCGCGGAGUCAAAGCCGAAGCCGCCAUCACAGUCGCCACCAUCUGGAUCUGGACAUAGGCAGUGCUGAAGACAAGCAGGAGCAAGAGCAGAGCCACACAUCAUCAUUCAAAAAACGACGCUCCUACUCCAAGUGCCGAGACUGUGUGGCUCGAGUACAGAAGUUCCUUGUCUCUAAAUUGGGUGAAGACUGGAUCUUUUUGGUGCUGUUGGGUAUUACCAUGGCAUUAGUAAGCUGGACCAUGGACUAUGCAAGUGCCAAGAGUCUACAAGCCUAUAAGUGGUUUUAUGAGGAGUUGAGUGGAAACAUCCCACUGCAAUACCUGGUCUGGGUCUCCUAUCCCAUGGUGCUCAUCUUGUUUGCCUCCCUCUUCUGCCACCUGGUCGCUCCUCAGGCCAUUGGCUCUGGUAUUCCAGAACUGAAAACCAUCCUCAGAGGAGUUGUCCUGAAGGAGUAUUUGACACUCAAGGCAUUUAUUGCCAAAGUGGUGGGACUCACUGCUGGCCUGGGCAGUGGAAUGCCAGUUGGCAAAGAGGGUCCCUUUGUUCAUAUAGCCAGUAUCUGUGCAGCUGUGCUCAGCAAAUUUAUGUCUUUCUUCUCUGGAGUGUAUCAGAGCCCAUAUUGUUAUACAGACAUCCUCACAGUGGGCUGUGCAGUGGGGGUUGGAUGCUGCUUUGGAACCCCUCUUGGAGGUGUAUUGUUCAGCAUUGAAGUCACAUCAACCUAUUUUGCCGUGAGAAACUACUGGAGGGGCUACUUUGCUGCCACAUUCAGUGCUUUCAUAUUUAGAGUGCUGUCGGUGUUCAAUAAAGAUGCAGUCACCAUCACUGCUCUCUUUCGUACCAACUUCCGUAUGGAUUUUCCCUUCGACCUGCAGGAGCUCCCGGCAUUCGCCAUUAUUGGGAUUUCUUGUGGGUUUCUGGGAGCUUUCUUUGUUUACCUCAACCGCCAAGUCAUCCUGUUCAUGAGAAAACCUAAUAUUCUCACACGCUUCCUAACGAAACACCGACUGAUUUUCCCAGCUGUUGUGACUCUAGUGGUUACAACGCUGACAUUCCCACCAGGCUUCGGACAAUUCAUGGCUGGAGAGCUGAUGCCCAGAGAGUGCAUCAACUCUCUAUUUGAUAACUUUACCUGGACUAAAUUAUGGGGAUCCCCCCACCCACCUGGUCUUGGUCGCUCAGCUGUCUGGUUUCACCCUGAUGUCAGCGUCUUUGUCAUUCUUAUCCUCUUCUUCAUCAUGAAGUUCUGGAUGUCUGCAAUUUCUACCACAAUGCCCAUCCCGUCUGGAGCCUUCAUGCCUGUCUUUGUACUGGGUGCAGCAUUUGGUCGUUUAGUGGGUGAGAUCAUGGCUACUCUCUUUCCUCAUGGUAUCCUGUUUGAUGGAAUACUGUAUCGCAUCAUCCCUGGAGGGUACGCUGUCAUUGGCGCAGCAGCACUGACUGGAGCGGUCACUCACACCGUUUCCACUGCAGUGAUCUGUUUCGAACUGACCGGUCAGAUCUCUCACAUCCUGCCCAUGAUGGUUGCCGUCAUCCUGGCCAAUAUGGUCGCGCAGGGUCUGCAACCCUCACUGUACGAUUCCAUCAUCCAAGUCAAGAAGCUGCCGUAUCUCCCUGAGCUGGGCUUCGGUCACAUAAGCCAGUAUAAUAUAUUUGUGGAGGACAUCAUGGUGAGAAAAGUGAAGUUUUUAUGUUCCCAGUCUAAGUACAGAGAAGUUUUGCAUUUACUGGAUUCAACCUCGCUAAAAACCAUCCCGCUGGUGGACUCAAAAGAAUCUAUGAUUUUAUUGGGCAGCAUUGAGAGGUCUGAGCUUCUCGCCCUCUGUGAUUGGUGGCUGUCAGCAGAGAGGCGGAUCCUAAUGCAAGGACAGAGCCCACAAGGUCAGGUGCCUUGCGCCAAAGCCAGCUGGGAAUCCUUUGCCUUUGUUGAUGAGGAAGAAGAGGAGAAUGAUGAAGAGAAGACAAUGCCAGUUCAAGAGGAAAGAAACGGCCCUCUACCUUCUUCCAAACCCCCAGAACCCUCCACCAAUCACACGUCACCUGAUAAGGGUCCUUCGCCAUCUUUUGGGAGAAUUUUACGUAACUUCUUUUCCUCCUCUUCGGAAAGACAUGCAGAAGGUCAGCCCCAGGAGCCAUAUCCUCCAUCUUUAACAGACACAAUGACACCAGAGGAGAUCAAAGCAUGGGAGAAGGCAGAGAUGGAAAAGCUUGUUGAAAUUGAUCAGAUCAGAAUAGACCCCUCCCCCUUCCAACUGGUUGAGAGAACAUCACUACAUAAGACUCAUACCCUGUUCUCUUUGCUGGGCCUGAGUCAUGCCUAUGUAACCAAUACUGGCAAACUGGUGGGAGUUGUGGCACUAAAAGAGCUCCAAAAAGCCAUUGAGGGCUCCACACGCAGUGGUGUACGCCUGCGCCCCCCUUUGGCCAGUUUCCGUGACACCAUUCGUAAGUCUGCUAAGCCUCCACAGGCUUCCUCCCCUCCCUCCUCCCCUGGCUCCGUCACAGCCCCAUCUUCACCUCUGUCCUCCCCUGUGGUUCCCCAUUCUCAUUCCCCGAGUCCAGCAACCCCAGUGGGGGACACGAAGAAGGAGAUGGAGGUUUGGAUCGAGGGUUUGAAAAGGGAGGUGAUCCUGAAGAACAGCAGUAGCAUAACCUCAGGAAGUAGCAGUAGUUGUGGGACAGGAAGUAGUGACAGUGAGGGAGGAAGUCCCGAUAGCAGCCCCACCCUGCCACCUUCCUCUUUUCCUCCCAUCCCUCUCUCCACCCUGCAGCCGGUCCCCGAGAACAAAGAGGGUGAAAACAACGAGGACGAGGAGCCCAUUUAAAACAAAGAAGAGUUUGGGACGUAUUUAUGUGUGAUUUGUGUAUUUUUUUGUUAACUUUUUUAUAUAAUGAUUUCAUGUUUUUUAUUCCUUUGCUUGUUUUAAAGGUUUUAAAUUGUCUGUGCUUCUCAGUAUUAUUCUCUUUCUGUUUCUCUUACCAUCAAAUUUUGUAAAGCUAUAUAAUGUUAAUUUGAUGGUUGGACAUUGUGCCACAGGAAAAGUAAACUAAAAAUAUCAGGGACAAUUAUGCUUUACUAGGCCUGGAAAAGUCAUAGAAAUUAGUAGCUUCAUAAAAGUCAUGGAAAUUUAUAUAGUUAAUUUAAUUCUUUAGUUUUUACCUUAAUAUUGAUCUUGUGUAGAGUAAAAUUUGCUCUCAAGCCAUAUGUCCCUAUUUGUAAGCAAAUUCUACUUUUUAGUGGUCGAAACGGUUCAUAAAGUAGACUAAAUUAUUCCUUAAACAUUCAGUCUGAAUCAAGAUGAAAAUUCCAUUUCCAGUAAUCACAAACGACUGCAAAGGUCAUGGAAAAGUCAUAGAAAUUCAUAAGUCAAGAAGAGUGGAAACCCAUUUUUACCAUGAGAUUUGUUACUAUGGAAAUGUUUCUCUAAUAAAAACACUUCAAAUAAUUUUUUUCUUUUUUUACAUUUUCCCGUUAUGUUCAGAAGUUUUUUUGCAACAGACCCUAUGACCUGUCCGUCAUUUUUAAAGGAUUAGUUCACACAAAAUUGAAAAUUCUGUCAUUAUUUACUCACCUUCAUUUUGUUCCAAACCCCUAUGAAAGUUUAGCGGAAUGUCCAAGCUGCUCUUUUCCAUAUAAUAAAAGCAUACAGUGACCACGUGCUGUCUAACUUAAAAAAGUUAUAUAUAUACAGUAUAUAGUAUAUAUAUAUACAUAUAAUGAAUGUACAGUAUAUACUAAAUAUAUAUUCUAGUUUUCUGAAGCUGCUAUUCUCUGUAGUUUUUAAAUCACAUUAACAUAUACUAUAUUUGUGUCUCACCAGAUUUGACAGAUGAACGUCAAAUCUCAAGCACGUGACCGAUCACGAUGCGGCAAGUUUGAAUAUGCACAAUUGUAAAUGAAUUUUCUUCUUUGUGAGAACAAUUCCUUUAAAGUUUUCAGUGACAUUUUGGAAUAUGUUACAUAAAUCUUUAAAUAUAAACUGAAAAUAUAGAGGUAAAAAAUGUAAUCCCCCUUUUUUUUUUCUUUUUUGAGAGGCAAAACAAGAACACUAUAUAUAUAACUGGCAUAUAAAUGUGUCAUGUAGAUUGCUGAGAAUGUUCAAUCAAGUUUACUUACUGUAGUCUGUAACAAUAUGUCAGACCUCACCUCACCAGUUCAUGCAACUGGACAUUAGUUUUAUAUGUCAUAAAUACUUUAUUAUGCCAUGUUCUGAGAUUGCUAUUUCAUUCAAGAGUCAUUCAAGAGACAGCUAAAUGGCUGUCAAAAAAACAAAACAAAACAAAAAUCUCAAAAUUGUUGGACAAAAGGUUGGCCAGCAGGUGGCACAUUGUGAACUUGACAUUUUCAGAAUUUCAGCAUAACCUCAUUUUCACCUGGAACAUAUUCCCAUAGCUGUCUCGCCUUUGUGUCCUUUUUCACUUAUCAUUUCAUGUGAUUGUAAAAUUCAGGGUGUGAGCACUGUCCUCUCUUAAUUUCUCCUUUUUCUUUAAAAUGUCUCUCUCAGGUCUCUCUGUCUUUAAACCAAGGACUCUGUUGUUUAUGAACACGAUAUAUGUAGGGUUAUGUGAUCUGCUGUCUUCUAUUAAAUGUUUGUGUUAAUUUCAUGUGAUUCUGUGCCUGAUCAUUGAAGCAUGACCAGAUACAUUGAUUGCCUCCAUUUAUGUUUGUUUUGUCACCCUUAUAUUUUAUUAAUUCAUUAAUUCUCAGCUUGAUGACAUAUAGAUGGAAACUGUAGAAAAUGUAUGAGUCCUUAAGUAGUUUCUAAAGAUUUAAUGUAUUCAUCUUAGUCUUUGUUUUUCAGAUAGAGUUUACCUUUUAAUCAUUGUAAAGUGAUCAAAUCUAAACGGAUUACAUUUUGAUUUUAACUCCCCUAAUUUAAUACAAAUUUGAUGUGUAU